GAUUAUGGCCGGAAAAGUGAAAUGGGUCACUGACAUUGAGAAGUCAGUGCUGAUAAACAACUUCGAGAAGAGAGGAUGGGUCCAGGUCACAGAGAACGAGGACUGGAAUUUUUACUGGAUGAGCGUGCAAACCAUCCGAAACGUGUUCAGCGUGGAGACCGGGUACCGGCUGUCCGACGACCAGAUCGUCAACCACUUCCCCAACCACUACGAGCUGACCCGGAAGGACCUGAUGGUGAAGAACAUCAAGCGCUACCGGAAGGAGCUGGAGAAGGAGGGCAGCCCCCUGGCCGAGAAGGACGAAAACGGGAAGUACCUCUACCUGGACUUCGUCCCUGUCACCUACAUGCUGCCCGCUGACUACAACCUGUUCGUGGAGGAGUUCCGGAAGAGUCCGUCCAGCACCUGGAUCAUGAAGCCAUGUGGCAAAGCCCAGGGCAAGGGCAUCUUCCUCAUCAACAAGCUGUCGCAGAUCAAGAAGUGGUCCCGGGACAGCAAGACGUCCUCGUUUGUGGCCCAAUCCACGAAGGAGGCCUACGUCAUCUCACUCUACAUCAGCAACCCGCUGCUAAUUGGUGGGAGGAAGUUCGACCUGCGCCUGUACGUCCUGGUGUCCACGUACCGCCCGCUGCGCUGCUACAUGUACAAGCUGGGCUUCUGCCGAUUCUGCACCGUCAAGUACACGCCGAGCACCAGCGAGCUGGAUAACAUGUUCGUGCAUCUCACCAACGUGGCCAUUCAGAAACACGGGGACGACUACAACCACAUCCACGGAGGCAAGUGGACCGUGAGCAACCUGCGACUGUACCUGGAGAGCACACGCGGGCGCGAGGUCACCAGCAAGCUGUUCGAUGAAAUCCACUGGAUCAUCGUGCAGUCCCUCAAGGCCGUGGCGCCAGUGAUGAACAAUGACAAGCACUGCUUCGAGUGCUACGGCUAUGACAUCAUCAUCGACGACCGGCUGAAGCCCUGGCUCAUCGAGGUCAAUGCGUCCCCGUCCCUCACCUCCAGCACCGCCAACGACCGCAUCCUGAAGUAUAACUUGAUCAAUGAUACCCUCAACAUCGCGGUCCCCAACGGCGAGAUCCCAGACUGCAAGUGGAACAAGUCACCCCCAAAAGAGGUCCUGGGCAACUACGAAAUCCUGUAUGACGAGGAGCUGGCACAGGGGGACGGGGCCGACCGCGAGCUGAGAAGUCGGCCGGGCCAGUCUCUAGGGCCCAGAGGCAGCCGGUCCAGGGACUCGGGCAGGACCGUCCUCACGACCUGGAAGUGA